AUGAGUUUUGUUCAUACCUCCUCACUCGAAUUGUUGCCUCUUCUGUUUCAGAUCCAGCCACAUCAGCAAGAUGUGAGUGCUGCGGCUACUUUCCAUGAACAAUUAUUGCACAGUGAAAUUGACAAAAUUUGUGGACAUGGUCCGACCAUAGAUAUGAAAUUAUUUCUGUCCAAUGAUCAGCAAUCAUCGGAAUCACAACAGGUGAAUUUCACUACCGUUCAAAAAAUUCUCUCAGCUGUGGAUGCAUUUAUAUUCCGUGUGAUGAGCUUGGAUUUGAGCAGAGAAAAUAUUACGGAAGAGCUCUCGGCUCUCAAUUUUAAUCCAGAACAAAUUGAAGUAUUUUUGAGAGUGUUGGAGGGAAGACGAGCAGAGCUUUGUAGAGCUAUGAAACAAAAAACAAUUACUGAAAUUUCUCAUUCCUAUUUACAAGAUUUUGAUUGGAAAUUGAAUUUAGUGGUCGCUAGUGAUAAGUGUUCAAAUAUCCGAGAACCAAUUGUACUUUUGAACUUGUUUGUGAAAUCCGAAAAUGAAAACAAGCUGAAGGAAAUUCUUGUAGAACUCACACGAAAAGAUUUGGAUCAUAUUUUGAAUGAAUUUGGAAAAAUUCAACAUCAAAUCCAAAAGAUUUCAAUUUAA